GUGCUGAUAGUGAUGGGGUUUUUCUCUUCGAGGAGGGCCGAGCACUUCGACAGCAAUCUUCAAGAUGAAAGCAAUGUUCUGCGCGCCUUACGCUCUAGAUUCUACGGCAAGGGCAAGGGCAAGGAGCGCGACAUUGACGGCGACUCACUAUCGAACUCACAUUCACCAACAUCCUUCGCUUCACCUCACGCUCCUUAUGUAGAAAAGCAAUCAUUUUCGACCUCCAGGCCUCGUGUCUCGAAAGACUCGCAUUGGGCAGGCACCUCAACGUCCGCGUCUCGCCCACAACAUGACGAUCGUGUCGACGAGGCUACCAACCCUCGUUCGUCCGCAGACGUCCUCACGAUUACACUUGCCCAGCGACUGAACGAGCUGGCAACGGCGAAUGCAGAGGGUCUUCUCAGCGACGAAGAGUACCGGCUGCUUCGCCAAAACCUUUUCGAGAGGCUCACGACUGGCUCCUCAGUGCCCACAGAGACACCUCUUGUACCUAUGAACAACACUAUGCGUGUGAAUGCCGACUUACGCACUUCAAUUUCUUCUUCGCAUGACCGACGCUCGUCGUCCCAGUAUCACCUCCAAUCUUCGCGCACCUCCUCGCUACAGUCGAAGAAGUCGAUAUCCUCUACAGUCACCAGCCUAUUACGCAGGGCGACUAGCAGGCGCAUAGUGUCUCUUCCCAAUGAUCCACAAGCAAGUGAUACCAUGAGUGUCUUUUCGAAGGCAUCCACCACAGAGCGCAAUGGCACGACACCUCGUACAAUCUCAAGCCAAACCAGCGACUCGUCCCUCCGGGAUCAUUCUCGUCUUCGAUCCCGCCGCACUGUUGCUGGCGCUUCCACCGACGAGCGUCUCAUGACCCUCAGUACUCGGAGUACGUCUCUUAGAAGGGGCCGUAAGCGGUCCGGUUCGUCGGCUCCUCCCUCUGCAUUUCCUGGGUCGCCGAGAUCAGUCGAUACCAGCGCACACUUGGCGCUCCUGGACGGCUUGCCAAAUGAUGAUGACCUUGAAACAUCCAAAGACAUCCGCACACAGCUUGAACUAGUGGAAGCGGAGGGCAGACGCCUCCUGGACGCGUUCAACGGUCUCGAGUUGAGUACGCUGACAGGGCGUACAAGGCGUCCACACAUGCGUCCCCCAAUACCGCUCAGUACUUCUCAAAAUAUCCUGUCGCCAACCGCCAGUGAGAGACGAUCGAUGCGUGGUGCCAGGGACCCUGACGCCAUGUCGUUUGUUUCCGGCGGCUCUAUACGGACGACUCAUUCCAUGAAACGAUCUCCGUCUGACCGUCGAAUUCCGCCCGUUCCAUCUUCUGCCACACUAGGAUCCCAGCACAAAUCGGUCAGCCGCAAAGGGUCAAUGUCGUCCAUGUCGUCUCGAGGCAGACCCGGUAUUGGCACUCUACCAGGCCUGUCAUCACAACUCGGGCUAGCGAGCAGCUCAAGCGUGAACCUGACGAAGAGCUCUGCACAUCUGCCUCUAGCCACUGUCGCCGAAGCCGAGAGUCCCCCAAUGGGACAUCGUCUCUCGGUCACGGAAGACUCAAGGUGGACUGGCGCGGGCAGCGACACGCUGUCUCCCACAGCGAGUAUGCACAGCAGUCGCAUCAUGAAUGAGGACGAUGAUAUCAGGGCAAUCGAGGCCGAACUAGUUGAUAUUCGGACACGGCGGGCGGAGGUAACUGCACGAUACGAGGCACGGUUGGAGUAUCUGCGUGCCAGACUCAAAGGUGCGGAGCUGCGUGAGAAGGUUAUGCGCAAAUGACCGGGAAACGGAAGGCAGGCGCAAAGGCAAGUUGGCGUUGCGCUGCUGGACGACUGCGACUGUACAUGUCGAUGUCCGCUCAUUACUUACGAUUAUAAUAUAGCCCGUGGAUUUGUUUGAUGCGCUGCUAUCAGUAUUCUUAGCUUACUUGGAUAGUCCCCCCUGUAUAAUGACCUCGAGUCUACGAUACCACCUCAGAUUUUUAACGCUUGUUCUG